GGAUCUUGGAUCGGCGGUCCGGAUUAGAAAGAACUAUUCAGGUAUACAGAUCGGAAAAGCUGCUCAGGUUAGUGCUUGUGUUUAUUUGCGACUGCGGACAGUGCAUUUUGGUGCGUGAGACAUUUUUAUAGUUUGUUUAUACUCCGCGUACCGGAAGAUCUGCGAAUAUGCUGGGGUACUACCUCUUUCUGCUGGUGGUAUAUAUAAUAUGUAUUGCUAACAUAUCGGCAUGGGAAACGCCGUCUCCACACCAAUACCACAUCCAAACUGACGAAGGACCUGAGCGAUAUUUCCGAUACCAAACCGAUAGUGGCCAAUACCGAAAAGAAAAACGACUCGAAGAUGGCACCGUGGUUGGCACAUAUGCCUGGAUUGAUGCUGAUGGCAUGUUACGGCAACGUGACUACAUCGCAGAUAACGAGGGCUAUCGAAUACUUAAAACCAAAAAUGUUUUUGUUGGAAGAAACAUGAAUGUUGGAGAUGCAAUAAAAUCAGCGAAGAAGUAUCCUGCUACUGCUGGAACCUUAGUCAAAACUCGUCCAGAUUCGUACAGAGGUCCUAUUCGAGGAUAUAAUAGUGUAUCUUUUGUGCCUAGUAGUACUCAAUCUCCAAUACCUUCCUCAAGCUAUAGUCCUUAUAUUCCAAGCAGUACUCCAUCAUCAACAUAUGUACCUAGUAGUACUCCUUCGCCAGUAUCUUUUUCGAGUUACAAUCCAAGUUCGCUUUAUAUUCCUAGCACAACCCCUACGACUGUUCCAUCUAGUACUUAUAGACCCAGUUCGAUAUCAACCAUAUCAGGGUCACAGUAUUUAAAUCUUGAUUUGUCAUUAAAAUCAUUGUCACCAAGUCCUUACAGUCACUUAUCUUCAACAGAACAACCAGUUGUGCAAAUUACACCCAAUGCAUUUCCUAAAACAGCUUAUGGAUAUGUUCCUCUUAACUUCAGUUACUUUAAUGGAAAUCAAAUCCAGUCUACACCAAUUCCUCUUGUACAACCAACCGAAGUUCCUUACUACCGAUCUUCUCCUACACCUAUAGCUGGCACGACUGAACGUCCUGUCAUAUAUUCUCCGUCUUAUUCGCCAGCUGAUUUUGGUUCUUCGCAGGAAGUUGACAGCAACUCUUUGGAAUACAAUCCCUACGUCCGGCAAGUGAAAGAUACAUACAGAUUCCAGAAUGGACCUACAUAUCCACUAGAUCGAAACGGACGACCGUACGUUGGAUCAGAUUCUAAACACCCAACAUACGAUGGAGUAUCAGUUACUAAUGACGGUUUUAGGUACUACAUACCAAGAGCCUAUCACGAAGAAGAGACUCAGCCAGGCGACAAAAGGUCGGGUAGCUUCGGUUACAUAGACCCAUUUGGUAUCAGAAGAGUUAUUUAUUAUAAUACUGCUCCAGGUACCGGCUUCCAGCAUCGAAAGAACAACAGAUAUGUAGGUUUUAAUGCGGCACCUUAUGAUCCUCGGCCUUACAGCGAAUAAGAAGCCUUUAAGGUUAUCUAACUUUAGAUUCAUCUUGCCAACUUAAGUGCCAAAUGUGAGAGUAAUCGAAGACGAUAUACGAAUAAUAUCGAAAUAAAAAUAAAUUAAAGGAAAUCAUAUUACAACUGCCAUAAGUGUAAGACAACACGGAGUGUCAGAUCAUAUGUGAAUAUGUUUAUUUUUAAAAUAUUUUCCAUAUUUGUUUUAGCUUUAUUGAAUACAAUAUAGCCAAUUUAUUUUACUACUCUGUAGCCACAAGGCUUUAUUAAACUUAAAAAUGAUAAUUAUCAAAAUUUAUAAAUUUUACUAAUAAAAUUACUUUUAAAAAAUCGAUGAAACGGAACCUAAUCAUAAACUAUUAGAAGAAUUUUAUUAAUAAUGAGUAAGAUAUUUAUAUAAACUUAAAAAUCUAAAAUAAAUGAAUUCAGUGCGAUGCCACUACUUUGUGGCUAUGUUUCUGUAUGUAUCAUUGUAUACUCAAAUACAAAAACAUCAAAAACUUCAUUGCAAUACUACAGAAAAACUCAAAUCAAGUACUUACUACUACUAGUCACCUAGUCAGGCUCUAUUCUCACUCAAUAUAUUUUUAUAGAGAUCCCGUGACAUAAAUGUGGAAAUAUAUGCCUAAUUACAGACUAUUUCACAUCUUUUCCAGUACUCAGAGCAACGAGUAUAGAUGAGAAUGACUUCCUUAUCAUCACAGAACUAUAUUGAUAUCAGAUAACUCAAGUGAGGCUAAAGAGUAACAUGUCGCAGAAGAUAGUCAUGAGAAAUGCUUUAGUACGCGUUAUGGCCUAUAUAUAACUAUCACCAAAAUAAAACUUAUGGACUUCUCCAAAUUACAAAACUCCUAAUACUUGACAGAAUUGUUGAAUAGGUGUCAUACGUCAGAUACCUAGGUGCACUAACGAAAGAUGUCCUAUCAAUUAUUAAACACUCUAGAAAGAUGUUUAUUGGAAUGAAAAACUGUCCAUCAGGGGGAUCUAGACAAAUAAUUUCGAAUCCGAAUGCCAUGCUGUUAUGUAUUAUAAUAUUUUUCUCUACGUCAGUUGGAGCUGGAUUCUUAACCGCUCGCUAGAAAAUGCAUGAAAACUUUUUAAAUAUAUUUUUAGCGGAUAAUACUUAAAAUUUCCUCGUAUUCGUAUAACAGAAUAUACAAGAACAAGGAUCUGGUGCUAACGAUCAAAUAACGCAAACAUUGUGCAUGCAAUGAAGGGAUAUAGAUACGAACUACUUUUGUUGAUUAUUGAAAGAAAAGUUCAGGAAAAAAUGUCAACUGAAACAAGACAAAAUUCCUGGCUCAAGGACCAAGGUCUUCAGCGCCUCUAUUUCACACUUAACUACAGCCAAUUGGAUCGACAACAUUCGAAGAGAGGCGGCGCAGUUACUAUAAGCCUCAAAGCAAGAAGACAGUAAACAGAUCAAACUACAGACAGAUAAUAGGUUCACAGAAGAUAUGAAAUCUAAGGAAUUAGUAAGAUUUGUUCGUAAUCAAAGAUCAAAGAAAAUAUGAAAAGUACCAUUGAGGAAUAAAAACCAAUAUCUAAAUGGGUAGAACAUUAGGAUUCACCCAAAUAGAAUUGUGAAGAGAAAAAAACCGGAAUAUUCCCCAGAAAACUCUAACAUUAGAAUGGGACUUGACAGAUAUCACCUUAAAAAAGGUGGAAAAAGCAGUUAUUUAAACAAUUUUUAAAAAAAUAAGUAUACCUGAACUAGAAAAUAAACUAGAAGGACUUGAAAGCUGGACAUUGAAGCAAGAACACAUAAAGAAAUGGGCAAAGGAUGCAAAAUAAUAAACACAAUAAAAAUAACAAAGUUGCAAUAUCUGGGACACGUAAUAAGGGGACAGCGAUAUGAACUGCUAAGGCUGAUAAUACAGGGAAAGAUAAGAGGAGGAAGGAGUAUAGGAAGAAUAAGAGUAUCAUGGUUGAAUAAUUUAUGAUGCAGUUCUAUAGAUCUCUUUAGAGCAGCAGUAGAUAAAGUAAAGAUAGUGAUGAUGAUAUUCAACCUCCGAUUGGGAGACAGCACUUAAAGAAGAAGAAGAACUAGAAGGUAUCAAAAUACAAAAAAUUAUUGUAUUUUGAGAAAAAAUUUUUAAAGAUGUCUUAAUGAAGAAACUAUGCAUUUGUUAAGGAAAGAAGGAUUGAAUAUUUCAACCUUUAAAAAGCUUGCUAAAUACAACUGCAAUAGUUCCCUGUAAUAUUGUGAGUUAAUUUCAUAGGCGGAUUAAAAAAACCUUUUUUGGUAGACUAUAAUUUGCGUAGACCAAAAUAUCAAUUACUACAAUUACAAUUACAAUUACAAAAAGAGAAUAAAUGUCGAGUAGACGUACCUACGAUUGAUAGCUAUUUAGCUUGUUGCAAGUAAUCGAAAAAAUUUCGAAAGAUCUCAAGAAAAUUAGUUAGAACUAGUGGAAGAAAUACAUAUAAUCAAACCAUAAAAACAAUCAAAGAUCUGCAUACAGACACAUACACGCACAAAUAAAUGAAGGGUAAUACAUAUCCAAUGAGAGAAUUUAGUGUUACUAAAUAACUCAUACAAUGUUGCUACCUUUUCCACUGCUUGUAACACCAACAUGUUGCAAAAUGGUCUAGAGUCAGAAAAACAUGAUGAAAAGACCAGUUUAAUAGAAUUAUAGACUGGCAAUGAUUACAAUAGAGAAUAAACCAAUACUAGCAGACCACCCAGAAGACCCCCCAAACGCUGGUGUGUAAGAAAUUGGACACCAAAAUCCUAAUUUAGGCUACAACUUCGAAAAACAAAGCAUUGCCUUAAAAUAAUAAGAAUAGGAAUAAGC